CUAGGAAAGAAACGGAAUGGCUAGAAAGGUAGCCUUCGCCUCUCUCUUCUUCAAGAAAAGAUCAGACAUCUCUUCUCCUCCUACUUCUACUUGGCUUUGGCCUUCUUGUAAGCACCCAACGACAGAUUCAUUCAGGAAGGAAGACAAACAGUGCGAUGGCAAUGAAGCCUUGUAUGAGUUGGAUUCGAGUGAGCCAUGCUUCUCGGGCUCAUCUGAAGCAGAGUGCACGAGCUUCUCGUCGGAGUCGGAGACAUCCUCAGCAGCGGAGGCUGCUGUCCUGGCAGUCGCUCACGGAAAGGGAUCCGACCGUUUGUUCUUCGAGCCAGGCAGGGCGAGUUCAUUAGCGGAAGAGGCAGCCGAAAUUGAGAAGCUUCAACAAUUUAAGGGAAACUUUGCGACGGAAUUGGAUUCCGAGGAUCCAUACUUGGAUUUUAGGCUGUCCAUGGAAGAGGUGGUGAUGGCGAAUGGAGAAAUGAAGGCGCAGUGGUUAGAAGAGAUGCUGUGCUGGUAUUUGAAGAUGAACGCAAAGAGUUACCAUGGGAUCAUAGUCGAAGCUUUCCUGGAUUUACUUCUGACUCUCGCUUCUUCCUUGGACUUAGAGAUCGAUGGAUAAGGAGACUACUCUAUUUUGUAUUAUUCUGUUUCUAGAAUGAAUUAUAUACACAUUUGUUAAAAACUUGUUAUUGUACUGGUAUUUACG